UCCUAAAACAAUUAAAAGUUACAAAUAAUUGGAGUGUGGAUUUCACCGGCCUCCCUGACUUAACUGAUAAUAUUUUAUGGAAAAAUUGCUUAUUAUUAUGAAAUUGAGUAUCACAGAGGACUGGACUUGGAAUUGGGUGACGCUCUGAUGCACGCAUAUCACAAGCUGUGGAACACAACGUUAGCCUUGUCAGAGGGUGGUGACUUUGGAGACUCCAUGCCCGUGAGGACAACUUCCAGACUGUUCCUUACACAGAAGGAAACAUUGCCUAAAGGAUCAAAUCAAGAAAUUCCCAAGCUUGGACUAAUUCCUCUGAAAUCCGAGGUUAUAGAAGAUUACGCUGGAGAUAUUUGGUCCGAACUACCUUUUGUAAGCAGUGAUGACCCAGCUAUCACCUGUCUUUCUAAGAAGAGAGAGUUUGAUGAGCUCAUACAUUGGCAUUCC